AUGGCGACGACUGCCCUGCCGAUCGUUCAAGGAACUGACCCGUCCCGAUGUGUGCUCGAUGCAUUCCGAACCGCGAUCGCAAAACGUGUCGCGGACGCGUUGCCACCACUUACGGUUGAGCAAGUAUAUGCGGGAGUGGACUACGGAAAGAAGGGAGUGGACUUCACUGUUGCGCUCCCGCGAUUUCGCCUUCCGGGAAAGGUUGACGAGCUUGCGAAGAAAGUGCUGGAUAAUUUUCAACCCGACGAAUGGGUUGAGGCAGUAGUGCACGACAAGGCGUUUCUACACUUCACCUGUGCCACAUCCGGCCUCACACGGCUGGUGCUUGACCAAGUGCACGCGCUCACGAACGACACGCCCGAACCAGAAUACGGUAGCAACACGACCGGACGGGGAAAACGGAUCGUGAUCGAGUACUCCUCACCCAACAUCGCGAAGUCGUUCCACGUCGGGCAUCUACGAAGUACGAUCAUCGGCGCGUUCCUCGCGAAUCUGUACAAGGCUUCCGGGUGGGAGGUGAUUUCGAUGAACUAUCUAGGCGAUUGGGGAACGCAGUUCGGUUUGAUCGCAGUGGGUUUCGAGAAGUACGGUUCGCGUGAGGCGCUCGAGCAGGACGCGAUAAAACACUUAUUCGACGUAUACGUGAAGGUGAACGCGGAUGCAGACAAGGAUCCAGCGGUGAAGGUUGAGGCGGCGGCAUUCUUCAAGCGGAUGGAGGACGGGGAUGAAGAUGCGCUCAAGGACUGGAGGGUAUGGCGAGACCUCUCGAUUCGCAAGUAUGAAGGCGAGUACGCGCGGCUGAACGUGCACUUCGACGUGUACACGGGUGAGAGCCGCGUGAGCAAGGAGUCGAUGGACAACGCGCUUGCCCAGCUGGACGAGAUGGGCCUCAUCGAAGACGAGGAAGGGGCGAAGCGUGUGAAUCUGGAGAAAUACAAGCUGGGAAAGGCUGUCGUGCGGAAAAAGGAUGGAACAUCUAUUUAUCUCACGCGGGAUAUCGGUGGGGCGAUCGAACGAUACGAAAAAUACAAGUUUGAUAAGAUGAUCUACGUCGUCUCAUCGCAGCAAGAUAUGCAUCUCUCACAGUUCUUCAAGGUGCUGAAGCUGAUGGGCUACGAGUGGGCGGAUCAUCUGGAGCACGUCAACUAUGGCCUCGUGCUCGGUAUGAGCACGCGAAAAGGCACGGUUGUUUUCCUCGAUCAGAUUAUUCGCGAAGCCACUUCGGUCAUGCACGAACAUAUGAAGGGGAAUGAGGAUAAGUAUAGCUCCAUCGAAGACCCUGAGGCAACAUCUCAGGAGAUCGGUAUCACCGGUAUCAAAAUCCAAGAUAUGGCUGCGAAACGAAUCAACAACUAUACGUUCAAUUGGGAUCGUAUGCUCUCCUUCGAAGGCGACACUGGCCCUUACCUACAAUACGCACACGUCCGACUCUGCUCCAUCUCCCGCAAAAAUCCGGAGCUCUUCCCACUCCCGCCGCGCAGCCAGAUCGACACCACAUUGCUCGUCGAACCUGCCGCUCGUGAUAUCGUGUUCCUGCUCGGCUCAUAUCCAGACGUGGUCAAAGUAGCGUUGCGGACGCAUGAGCCGAGCGGGGUCGUGACGUUCGCGUUCCGCCUUAGUCACGCAAUAUCGGCCGCAUGGGAGACUGUGAUCGUCAAGGGAGAGGCGGACAUCGAGAAGGCCCGGGCGCGAAUGUGGAUGUAUCUCUGCGCACGAGAUGUUCUAGGGGCUGCUAUGCGACUAUUGAGCAUCACGCCUCUGGAGCGAAUGUAG